AUGAAUCCUUUUCUCUCCAACAGCUUGUCUCCUUUCAUUAAUAUUGGGAAGAAGGCCCUGAUACUAAACCCCCCUGUGCUUUGCUCCCUUGCAUCUGACGUCCUGGGGCCUCUGGACCAUGAGUCGGGGGCUCCACACCGAAUAUUUGUGCAGGAUCUCUCCAAGCUAACGGGAGUUGUUGGCACUUUCAGGCGAUUGGCCGUUUUUACACAGCAGGGGUUCGCACACCUUACCGUUACGAAGGCAUACUGGGCAGAGCACGAGCUAAACUGGGUCAUGAAGCCGAAAAAGAUAACCCAGGUGCAACGUAAGGAUUAG